UUCCCGGACUAGGGCUCGAACCUGUGUUACCCUGCAUUGGCAGGCGGAUUCCUAACCACUGCACCACCAGGGAAGUCCCAAACCUAGACCUUCUGAUUCCACUUUAAAUUUCCUUCCAGCUGUGAGAUUUUGUGAUUUUUCUGACACCUGUUCAGCAAGCUUUCCUCUACUCUGGAGCUGCUUUAUUCACAAAACUCUUGCCCUGAAAUCCCCAAGAUACCUUGUCUGGCCACUGGCUGUGGCCAUAACAGCUUAUGUCCUUGGCCCUUUGAGGGGAUAAGAUUCUUCACUAGGGCAUUUGGAAAUACAUUCUGCAACCUCAUUCCCCGUCUUGUGGCCAAAUCCCCAAGGUUCCCUAAGUAAUCACCCUCAGUGUCCCUCCUCCCAGGCCUGGGGACUCAGACCAGCGCACUUACACUUUCCCUUCUCCCAGCUGUGCUCUUCCUACCCCACACCUCCAGUCUGGCCCAAGACAUGAUCCUGCCUCUGGCUGGGAUGCAGGAUCACAGGAUGUAAAGAUGGAAGGAUGUUAGGGAUCAGAGUCCUGCCCCACACUGGAGAGCCGUCUCCUGCAGACCUCAGGGGGCUGUUCCUUCUCUCUGUUGCUUGAGGAUCUGACUGGACAUCAGGGCCUUCACUCAUUUAUUGAGCACCUAAAAUGUAUAUGUUUUCAACAAGCACCAAGUAUGUAGCAGGCACUGGUAGAGCCUUUUUAUCUCAUGUGAGCCUCAUGAAACAGCCCAGUGAGGUAAGGAUUAUGCCCAUUUUACAGAUCAGGAGGUUGAGGUUCAGAAAGUUCUUCAAUUUGCCCUAGAUUAUAGAGCUAGUAAGUCUAGAAUUAGGAAUAAAACCCAUGUUUCUCUAACUAGAAGUCAAAGCCCCAUGCACAGGGGGAGAGGGAGGGGGGAAAGGCUAUGGGAAGGGGGAAAUGUGUGUGAAACACCAUCUUCCAUGGCCUCCCUGCCUACAGGACCCAGGGGAUAAUAUCACUGUGGAAAUGAUUCCAUAGCUUCAAACCAAACUUCAGAGAGGGGGGUGUCAGUGGGCAAGGGGGGCAGGAGGGUUAGCUCCUUGUCAGCCCUGACACACAACCUGCCAGCUCUCAGCCUGUGCACUUGUGAUCACCUGGUUACACCCUGGAAACUACCCAGCCACACCUAAGCAGGUGGCCCGCCCCUGCUCCGCGGGUUGAGCAAGCAGGAAAAGGUGGCAGCAAGAGGCAGUGGGCAGAUCUGCUGGGCAAUGGUGGCCAGAGCCCCAGCUAGGAUGGCCUUUCUCUGGGGCCUGGCUCUGCCCCUUUUCUUCUUCUGCUGGGUGGCUGGGCCUCCUAGGAGCUCUGCAGGCCCCAGCACCAGUGAACCAGGCCACACGGAAGUGCCUGCUGUGACUCCAGGGGUCAGGACGAGCUCAGAGGGAGUCUUCCAGACCACUGACCUCACUGAGACCUCUAUGUCAAACCAUGUCUCUUUGGAAACUCAAACCCUAAGCACCCAGACCUCUGAUACGACCUUCCUCCCAGGCAGCACCAUUUCAGUAGCAGAGAACAGGGGAAACAAGACCAUGGCCCUCAUAAAAAUAAUGCCUUCCAAGUCCUCGGCUGUGAUCACCACUCCUAUGGAGACAUCAGCCACAAGCGGCAGCCCCACGGGACGUGGAAUGACCACAGUUGAGACUGUCACAGGCACUGAACUCUCGAAAGCCGCCUUUGACACCCUUUGCAAUUUCGACAGCUCUGAAGAGGCAAAGAGAAUCAAAGUAGACUUCUUGAAAUUAGCUCACACCUCUACAGAAGCCGAGGCCUUGUCCUCGGAGAGCAGCGCUUCCUCUGACAGCUCAGUUCCAGCCAUCACCGCCUCACAAGCCCUGUCACCUGACAUCACUGCUCUGGCUAAAGCCUUGGUUACCUACAACAUCAGCAACAUCGAGGUGAUCGACUGCAGUGUUACAGAAAUGGAAGCAACUGCCAGCACCCCUGGGACCUCAGACACAGAUCGCAGCCCCACAAGAGGAGAGGCCCUGUCUACCCCCGAGACAUCCGCUUUGCCUGACUCCACUGAAGCAAAAUCACACCUCGCCAGGACCACAGCCUCUGCUGAGACCUUGUCAGCAGCCAGCGCCACAGGAUCAGCCACACCUGACAUCACACUCACCAUCAGUAGCACCACAGAAAUGGAAACAACAGCCGCCAGGGCCACGGCCCCCAGUGGAAGCUUGGUGACAGUUAGCGUGAACCUCUUGGAAGAAAACUCAUCCCUCUCUGUUGAGACAACAAGCCACACCGAGGUCUCAGGAGCAGUGACAAUCUCCACAGGGACUGCGUCAACAGUAGGCGAGGUGACUUCCCCUGCUGGGUUCUCAGCUACGGUCUACAGCCUGUCUGAAGUGACUACCAUCAUGAGCUCCACCCCCUCAGAGACUUCUACCACUGACAUCACAUUCGGUGCGCCCGCUCCCAACAGCAGGAGCACUCUUCCUUCUGUCCAUCCGGCUACGGCCAACAGCAGUCAAGAAACAAACAUCACCUUAGCCAAGACCACAGCCUCAGCAAAGACCUUGGAGAUAGCCAGCACAGCUGGAGGGAAGCCCUCAACAGCCACGCCCACCAGUGCUCAGACAAGUCUGACAGAUGUUACUGCAGGUGAGGAUGGAGGCUUCCUCCUCCUGAGGCUGAGCGUGGCCUCCUCAGAAGACCUCACUGCCCCCAGAGUGGCAGAGAUGUUGAUGCAGCAGCUCGACCGUAAACUGCAUAUGUUUAUGUCUCCCAUCCAAGUCUCCCUGCUGCGUGUCAGGAGGGGCUGAAGAACAUCAGCUGUGAUCAGGCACUGCCACGUGUGGAAGGGGGCAGUGCUGCCUGCAGCCUGGGCCUCAGCACGACUGGAGCCAUGUUACCUGGAAGGUUCCCAUGUAGAUCAGCAAGCCACGGCCUUACCCGGUCAUGGCAGUGGGACCCUGGCUCACAUAUGCCUGGGUGUACGUGUGUAGGGAGCGGGUGGGGUCUUCGCCUGUUCCAGAGAUGUCCUUGGACUUCCCCUGGCAUGUGUGUUGUGUUUCAGUAAAGAGUGACCUGAUCACC